AGCGACGAAGGCGACGAAUCCCAACUUCGUCAUCGUGGUGAUCAUUAUAUUUUCCUGAUUGUAUAUAUAUACUGCGUUCAGUGCGUUCUGCAAGUGUGUCGCGCUAGCAUUCUCACUCUCUCCCGCACGUACACACACGGAAAAAAAAUGGACGAAAAUGGCAUGUGAGGUGUUGUUUUAUUGCGUCAGUGAAAUGUUUGGUUAUUACGGCCGCCUAGAAUGGGAGGCUGCAUAGGGAUUACGAGGGCGAGGAACUCCUCUGUCGACGAUACUUCGGCUAAUUCGACCAGAACUAUUUUUGCAAAUUCAAGAAAAAAUCACCCGCUGUGCCAUGAAGCGAUAAGAUGGAAAUCGGACGUUCCGUUGACAGAAGGGCAAUUGAGAAGUAAACGAGACGAAUUCUGGGAUACUGCUCCAGCUUUUGAUGGACGCAAAGAAAUAUGGGAUGCCUUGCGAGCAGGAGCAACAGCGGCUGAAUCGCAGGAUUAUCAAUUGGCUCAGGCCAUCUUGGACGGAGCCAAUGUUUCUGUACCCAAUGGUUAUCUGACUGAAUGUUACGACGAACUGGGCACUCGUUAUCAAGUUCCCAUUUACUGCCUCUCUUAUCCUAUCAAUAUCGUCAAGGAGGACAGUGGCCGGGAUUCACCUGCUGAUUGUUCCGAACCUGUAGACGGUGGAACAGAAUUGACUCUUAAACUGAGACUGUCAACUACCCUAGGUGAUGUAAAAUUGCCAGUUUACAGUAAAGACACUGUUGGAAUUGCUAAGAAGAAAUUACAGAGCCAAGAGGGACUCGAACCAUCGAAGCAGAGGUGGUUUUUCGGAGGCAAAUUACUGGGUGACAAGAUGCACAUAGAGGAGGCCAAAAUCCAGCCUGGUUACGUUAUACAAGUCAUUGUUAAUUCGGAAAAAACGGACGACAGUCCGUCCAAGACUAGCUGAACGCGACAAAGCAGCUUUUUAUUAAUAUUAUUUUUAAUAUUAUAAAUAUUAAUAUCGUAAUUAUUGAAACGUUUUCUUGUGCGGCACGCUUCUAUAUCAAAACAGCAAUCAGCGAUGAGCCCUUCCUGUAUGACAAUCAAAUUUUUCGAUUUUAGCACUUCUUCAUGCGCAAAUAUUCAACCUUCUUCAUUUACCCUUUUGGGGAAGAAAGAAUUAUCUAUAAAAAAUCCAAUGUUUUCUAAAUCCAUUUCACCCGAGAAAAUUUAUGGGAAGGGCGAAAUUCCCGAUCGAUUUGUAAUACAGUAAUGUGCUUAUCAGAAAUAUCGAAAAAAGUUAAAUAUGUACAGUAAGGUCGACUGAAGUUUUACUGCAUAGGUGUUUUUUGCAUUAACAUAUAAAUCCAUUCGUAUUCAGUGACACACGUUACUUUAUACAACUAAGGUUAGUCAAGUUAGUAACUAAAUAUUCAUAUUUCGAAAAACAAAUCGAAUAUUACAAUUUUUUUCCAUAACAAUGGCUUAUAAUUAUUUCUUCACGUAAUUCAAAAUUCAGUAAUUUUCAGGUCCUUAAUCCGAGGUAGUUGAUAUUUUGAAAACCGAUUUUUCGGCAGGCCUAAAAAUGAAAGCCUAACCCUGAUUUAUUUCUUUUCUCAAAUAUUUUUCAUCUUAUAAAUUCUUUCAAUAUUGUCAGAUUUUGUAUUUUGAUAAAAGAAAAGCACAUGAUGGAAAUAUUUCCUCCGUUCUAUUCGAGUGAUAUUAAAAAACUUUUACUGUUCGGGAAUUCAAUCCCCAAAUCCUCAAACAAAAAGGAACGAGCCUGCCGUAGAAUCAAAUGUGAAGAUGUAAAAAAAAAAUUGUUCUGAAGCACGCGAAUUAAAAAUGGCCCAAAAUCCAAGAAAUCAAUUCUAAUUUCAGUCGAGCUCAGAGCUCGCACAGGAUACUUCAUUUUCUAAUGAAAAAAUUAAUUUUAAAAUGUAUAUCUUUUCGUACUGUACAAGCGCCUGAGUGCUCGAAUAAUUAAUGCGUUAUUAAUUACUCAGGCAUGAAAAUAUGUGCGAAAAAGUACCGCGUAACAAUGUGAAAAGAAAACUGAGCUAUUAUUGACUGAAACAUAGUUUUGCGAAAAAUGGCCAUCCAUGAUUACGUUUUUAACAUUUUUUCAAGGUUAUUUAUGUAGAUUCCCCAAUAGUACAAUUCGAGGAGUCCGAGCUUGUCAGGAGAAACAAAAGAAAUAACACUUUCGUGUGUGAACUCUUUUCUUUGAACGCGAAAAUCUGUAAAUUAAUUGUGUAAAGCGAAUUUGUAAUGGGAAGUUGGUAAAAUGCAUUUACGAUAGUUGUAACAAUUUCUUUUUUCAUUAGAAAUCGUCGCAAAAAUCUCUAUUUCAUUUUAUUUUAUUUUUUUUUUCAUCGACUGGCUUUACGGAAAAUGCGCGAAAUUUUAAAUUCACAUGCUUUGUCACUUCUAUUGUUUCGUGCAUCGUAAAUAUUAUAACGAUUAUCAUAACAAUUAUUUAUACUACAUUUCGAAAGAUAAAAAAAAUUGUGAUAACAAUAUGCCCGGUUCGUUUAUUCGUUCCGAUCGAACUGACAAAAGUGAACUUAUCUCCUUUUUGCUAUUGAAACAGAUAAAAGGGAAAAAAAUAUUCGUGAUACAAAUUUGAGACUCGCGCACAUUACUAUAAUGCUUAAAUCCUGUUUUUGUUUCUUUAAAUAUUAUCAUCUUUCUCUUAAUAAUUUGUAAAGCACAAUAACGAUUUUGCGAUCUAUACAUAAUUUUUUAAAAAACAAUGUAUAAAGUUAACGAGUGCUCAAACGCCUGUAGAUUUAGAAUGAACAGCGAAUGCAUUGUUUUUUCGUUUUCUUUUUUUGUUUUUCUAACAACGUAAGCAUCGAAGCACCAACUGCGAUUUUUUAUCAAAAAGUGUGUGACGGAAAAGAAAGAAGAGUGAAACGAUAGAGAAAUGGACAAAAGACGCGAGUUGUGAAUUCGAUCGAAUUGAAAUCGUGUUUUUUUGUAAAUAGUCAACGGAAAGAAGCAAAAAAUCAGUGUAAUUUUGAGGGAAAAAAAACAAGUGCAAUUUAUAUGAUGCGUGGCGAGACGCCCUCUGUUUUUAUGUAGACAUGGCCACGUUGGACCAAAAUGUGUACGAAACACAUAUUAAAAAAAUAAUAAUAAAAGAAUAUGAAUAAACCAGAUUUUAACGAAGAAACGACACCGGAGAAUGACUGAUGAUUGGUAACGACAAAUACAGUACGACUGCCAAUAAUAAUAUUAUUUAUAAAACUGGAAAAAAUUGAAUUUCCUCCUCUCAGCCCUCGUGGUUAAUAGUAAAGUCAGAAUUGUAUAUCGCUGAGAUUAAAAAAAAAAAGAUAAAUUUGGAUCCAUAUCGUUAUUAGCUGGAAAAUUCCUUAUUGUAAUAAAAUAUCUUUGGAAGAGGGGAAAAAUGAAGCCUAAUAAAGCAGGGUUUUUUCUAAAACGAAUAAGCGAAUAAAAAAUAAACCAUUACGCUUUUUUCAAUAAUCUGUUCCGGUUGAGCUCGAGUGGAACAUGGAAAAAAGGAAAAACCAAAACUCAUUUUAGUCGGGGUACACGUUUGUUGCGACUUAAGUUUUAUCAUAAUCCAAUCAGUGUUUUUUAAAAUCUUUUUUGGCAACGAAAAGUACCAAAAUUUUGUCAUUUUUUCUGUGGCUAAGAUAUCAAAAGGCGAAUUUUUUGAUCAAUUAGUUUCGAAGAGUAAAUUUUUGUAACACGUUAAUAUUUUAUUUCCGCGUUACUUACAUAAUCAAAACACGAUGCAACGUCGAAAUAAAAAGAAAGAAACGUACGUUCUUGUCUCAAUA